GCAAGCUUCCUUAUGUAUGUAUGGAAAUUGGACGUAGCAAGAGUAUUAAGCUACACUGUGGUUUUAUUUUUGAGUGUGUAACAAGCUAUUUAACACCAGUAUACAUUGCUACCGUAGCAAUAAAAACAUUGAUCAAAAUGUUUCUUGUUAAUUGGAUGACUGGUGUCUUAAAUUACCUAGGUCUGUGGAAAAAAAGUGGGAAACUGUUGUUUUUGGGCUUAGAUAAUGCUGGGAAAACAACACUUCUUCAUAUGUUAAAAGAUGAUCGUAUGGCUCAGCACGUACCCACACUUCAUCCUACCUCUGAAGAAUUAUCUAUUGGGAACAUGAGGUUCACAACCUUUGAUUUAGGUGGUCAUCACCAAGCUAGAAAAGUUUGGAAGGAUUACUUUCCAGCUGUGGAUGCAAUUGUUUUUCUAGUAGAUGCUUGUGACAGAGAACGAUUUUCUGAAGCAAAAGUGCAACUAGAUAGUUUAUUAACAGAUGAACAGCUUGCAAAUUGUCCGGUACUAAUAUUAGGUAAUAAAAUUGACAAACCUGGUGCUGCAAGUGAAGAUGAACUCAGAGCUUAUUUCAAUCUAUAUGGACAGACAACUGGAAAGAGCAAAAUUCCAAGGUCAGAGCUGCCAGGACGUCCCUUGGAAUUGUUUAUGUGCAGUGUGCUAAAAAAGCAAGGCUAUGGUGAAGGUUUUCGUUGGUUAGCUGAGUAUAUUUAAGAAUAAAUGAAAUAUUUAAUUGUAAAAAAUGUAAAACUUAUUGCAGACAUACCUUGAAGGAAACAUAUUUCAUGUUCUGGAGAACAUUCUUCACUGUUAUUAGGAUGUACCUUUUCAUUAUACCACCAGUGCUAUUUAAUAAUGUUGAUCAUUCCAUAUAGUGCAUUUAUAAACUCCUAAAAACUGCUCUGAAAUUUUGCAGUCGAAUUUAUAAACGUGCAUUUUUAGUUUCAUUCCAAACUAAAUUAUUUCUUUUUUAAGUUUGAUGUAUUUUAAUAGUCAGCAAUGUAUUAUGUCACAAAUGCAUAUAUUUUUGUUGCAUUAGAAAAAAAAUGUAAUCUAGAUUUAUUUUUACUGGAAUUUGCAUUUUUUUAUUUGGAAUUUCUAUCACAUUAAACAUUAAAAAAAUGCGAAAAAAUAAAUUUCCUUCAAAAUUUUUUUUAUUUUUUUUUAUAUAAGAAUAUAUUUAUUAAAUAAAAUUUUUAUUUUUUGCUUCAUGCUAUAUCUUUGUUUACUGUUAAGUCUCGAAUUUUGUAUCUUAUUAAUAAUAAGAUCCUAUGGGACACCACAGCCAAUUUGCACAAAAAUGUAGAUAUAUUGAAAAUAAGUUUUUGAGCAGAUUUUAAAUGAAAAAUAUCAACAUAAAUUUUAUAAAUUGAAAGAAUGCAUUCAAAACAGUUUUUAAAUACAGUCAAUUGAAAGGGAAAACAUAUAUUUAUUUAAUUAGCUUGCAAUUUCUGGUUAUUGAACUGGAAAAGUUGGCAGUGAUAUAUAUUUAUAAACGUGAGGAAAUGCCUUUAAUAAUCAUUUUCUAUAGAUGAUGAUGCAUAAUGCCAUACCAUAUUGAAAAUAUAGAAAUCAACUUUUUAAUUUUAUUGAUUUUUGUUCAGUAUCUUGUUUUUAGCAUUUUAAAAAUCUGAUAAUGCCUACCUUUGAUUAUUGCAUCUGUAGGGUAGAAUACAUCAUGAUUUUUGAAAGAUUAAUUUAUGAAAUAUUCAUAAUAUAUUCUAAUAAAAUGAUCGAAUAUAGCUUGAUUUUAGCUUAAUUUUUAAAUUACAAGUUUAUGUAUAUUUAAACACUUAAACUAAGAAACAUAAUAAAAAUAUUCCUGUCUGUU